UGUUGCAGGCAUAAGGAAGUGACAAGGAGGGAAGGCAAGAUGAUGAUUAUUUUUUAUGAGGACAGCAAUUUUCAGGGGAAGUUCCAUGAGAGUUCAGGAGAUUGUGCUGAUCUACAUUCCCACCUUACUUGCUGUAACUCCAUUCGGGUUGAAAAUGGCUGCUGGGUGGUCUAUGAACGCCCAAACUACAUGGGGCAUCAGUACUACCUGAAGAGUGGUGAAUACCCUAAUUAUCAAAGCUGGUCCGGUUUUAAUGACUCCAUUAGAUCAUGUCACUCAAUUCCUCAUCACCAUGGCUCCUACCGAAUCAGGCUCUAUGAUAGAGAGGAUUUCCAUGGCCAAAUGAAGGAGUAUAUUAAUGAUUGCUCUAACAUCAACAAGAGCUUCCAUGUCAGUGAUAUCCUUUCCUGUAAUGUUCUGGAGGGUUACUGGAUCUUCUAUGAAAAUCCUGGUUUCCAAGGAAAUCAGUACUUUCUAAGGCCAGGGGAAUACAGGAAAUUCAGCGAAUGGGGGUCACUGAAUUCCAGAGUUGGUUCUUUAAAAAGAAUUAUGGACUUUUAUUAAAAUAUUCCUACUGUAUAUUAAACAAUGUCAGUUGCUCCUACUGAAAAUUAAA